CAGGUGUCUAGAUCAUCACAAGCACAAAGCACAAAAAAAAAUUGCAUAAAAAUUACGUGCAAAAUAAGGAUUAGUACCACAAAGUCUACUAACAUCAUAAAAUUACUUGAAGUCAGGAUCUAGAAUGUCGAGCUACGAAUCACGGAGGAUAAACGAAAUGAGACGAUGAGAGGCCUGAAUGGAGGCCGAGGAAGCCACAGAGCCCCCUGGGGCUCCGAUCAGCAUCUUCAAGCUGUCAAACCUUAGUACGUUUGGUAGUAAGCAAGUCUCCCAGGGGAACUUUACCUUAAAUUGACAUUUUUUAUAGUCUGAAUCUAUGGAUAUUAUUCAAAGUUUAAAAUACUUGAAAAAAAUAAACAUCUUUGGUGAAUCAUCAACUGAACCCGGAUGUUUUUUUGGGCAAGUGUAAAUAACUGAAUAGAAUGAGUAAAACUAAGUAAAGUUUUAAUAUAUAUGUAUAUAUAUACACACACAUAUUUUAUGAUAUAAAAAUGGCUGCGCCAGUAAUAGAAAAAAAACGGUUUUUUUGCCGAGAAUGGGCAUUCAUGAAACUCUCACACUGUUUGGAGCAACGACCAGCUUCAAAAACAUGUGGCGCACUUAUUGUUGGUGGUCCCGGAAGUGGAAAAACUGCUCUAUGUGCUGAAUUAGCAUGGCCUUCUACGUCUGCAAGUUCCAGACACCAAAGAUCCCUCAACAAACGACUUUUAGCAAGACAUUUUUGUCAAGCGAGAAGCGAAGCCUCUUUGUCACCAGCUCAAUUUGUUAGAUCGCUUGUAGCACAAAUUUUACAAGCAAGUACUGAUGGUAUCCAUUUAUCUUCGCCUACGUCACCGACAACCAGCACAACAUCAGUAGUACCAUCCACCUCCAAGGAUGCUGUCGCUGAAGCUUAUGCCGAGAGACUUAGAACUGAUCCUGAAAUUCAUGCAGCCCUCCAGCACGAUGUGUUAGAUCGAGAUCCAGAUAAUGCACUUAAGAAAGCUCUCCUGUUUCCAUUAUUGGAAGUGGAACCGCCAAAAAAUUGUUUAUUUCUUCUUGUUGAUUCUAUUGAUGAAGGACAAGUGAUAAACCCACCCUUAAAUGGAACAAGAGAUUCACGACAUGAGAAUGAGAACGUUAGUCGAACCAUUGCAGAACUGUUGGCAAAUCAUCAUCACCUAUUUCCCCAAUGGCUUUUACUUGUCUGUACGGCUAGACGACAAAGUAAGACUAUUUCUCGGAUGUUUACUGGUUUUCGAAAAAUAUCUUUAGAUGAUUUGAGGAAAAGUCAAGUUGUUAGAGACGUUCAACAGUAUAUUCUUGCAAGGUUAGACCAAGAGGAUGCACUCAGACAACACAUCUCUAGAGACACAGCCGAGAUGCUCAAUCAAUUACACAUCAAAAGUAAUGGCUGCUUUCUCUACCUAGAAAAAGUUCUCGAUGGAGUAGCAGAAAAUUUUAUUGUUUUAAGAGAAGUCAGGGAGAUUCCAGGAACUCUUAAUGGACUUUAUCUAUGGCUGUGUCAAAGGUUAUUUAGUAGAAAACAAUUUGCUAAAGUACAGCCACUGCUUAAUGUUAUACUCGCAGCAAAAUUACCGAUAACUCAAGAAAUUUUGUAUAAGUGUGUCAAAACAGCCAAUACAACUAUCACCAUUGAAGAUUUUAACCGUAGACUUCAUUUAUUGAGGAGGGUAAUAUCUGUAUCUCGUGCUGGAGCACUCAUGUUAUUCCAUCACAGCUUUGCUGAAUGGCUCUUGGAUGUUAAACAUUGUACACAAAAAUAUCUCUGUUCUGCGACUGAAGGACAUGCAAUGUUAGCAGCUUAUUACACUCAAAAGAGUCCUGAUCUCAAUCCUGAUGAGAUAUGUAUUUUAGGACAGCAUCUUCAACGCGUUAUUAAUAAUGUAAAUAGUAAUUCUUGUAACUUGGAUUCCCACACACUUCAAGUUUUGUGGAUGAUCAGCACUGGUGCACCUAUUGAGCAAUGUUAUUUAGACAAUUCUGAAUGUAUUAUGUGGCCAAGACAAGAUACAAAAUUACUGAGGUUGUUAGUAGAUGCUGGAGCUAAACCAUCGGAGAAAACAGUUGAUAAUGAGUCCAUCAAGGAUCCAAUUUCUUCUAGUCAGGUCUCACAAGACGUUAGUCCCGUAGAUGAAUCCCCUGGAGAACCAUUAACAGAACUACUCGGUGACAGUGGAGACAUAAAUCAAGCUGAUUCGUGUGGUCGUACAGUACUUCAUACUCUAGCAGCCGAUGGAAAUGCAUCGUUGCUGGAACUUGCGCUCGCAGCAUGCCCUCAUGCAAAACUAGAGGCUACAGACCGUCAUGGACAGACACCCUUAAAUCUAGCAGCUAGACAUGGAUAUGCAGAUGUUGUAAGAGUCCUCUUGGCGGCUGGUGCUAGCGCCGACCAUGCAGACUGUGAUGGCUGGACCGCACUCAGAGCUGCAGCCUGGGGCGGACACACCCAGGUACAUUCACAGCCAAGUCUUCUUCCACGAAACCACAAGCCUGUUAAAACAGACUCUGAUGUAGUUGUCGAAAUGUUAUUAGAACAUGGUGCAAUGGUAGAUUGCGCUGAUUGGGAUCAAAGAACAGCCCUAAGAGCUGCAGCAUGGGGAGGUCACGAAGACAUAGUGAAAGCUUUAUUGCAGCAUGGUGCAGAUGUCAAUAGAACAGAUGAUGAAGGUCGAACAGCACUCAUAGCCGCAGCUUACAUGGGCCACAGCGAAAUCGUGGAACAUCUAUUAGACUAUGGAGCAAAAAUUGAUCAUGCUGAUAGUGAUGGUAGAACAGCACUCAGCGUUGCAGCUCUAUGCGUACCUUCUAAUCACGGUUACGCAAAAGUGGUUACCAUUCUUCUUGAACGAGGAGCUGCCGUUGAUCAUCAGGAUAAAGAUGGAAUGACUCCUUUAUUAGUAGCAGCAUUUGAAGGCCAUAGAGAUGUUUGUGAAUUGUUGCUUGAAUAUGAAGCUGAUGUAGAUCAUUGUGAUGCUACUGGUAGAACUCCUUUGUGGGCAGCAGCAAGUAUGGGACAUGGAAGUGUUGUUGCAUUAUUGUUGUUUUGGGGAUGUUAUGUUGAUAGUAUAGACAACGAAGGGAGAACAGUGUUGAGUGUAGCUGCCGCUCAGGGUGGUGUUGAUGUUGUUAAACAGCUGCUUGAUCGAGGACUUGAUGAACAACAUAGAGAUAAUUCUGGAUGGACGCCACUGCAUUAUGCUGCGUUUGAAGGUCAUCUAGAUGUCUGUGAAGCUUUACUAGAAGCAGGGGCCAAAAUCGAUGAAGCUGAUAACGAUGGAAAGGGUGCACUCAUGCUUGCGGCACAGGAGGGACAUACUUCUUUAGUAGAGAGACUGUUGGAGCAUCACGGCGCUCCCAUCGACCAACACGCCCACGACGGAAAGACCGCAUUAAGGCUCGCUGCAAUUGAAGGUCAUUUUGAAACAGUUCGUGUACUUCUUAAAUAUAAUGCAGAUGUGAAUGCUAAGGAUGCUGAUGGUAGAAGUUCCUUGUACAUCUUGGCUUUAGAAAACCGAUUAACGAUGGCUAAAUUUUUACUGGAUCAUGCAAAAGCCGAUGUAGAAAGUAGAGAUUCUGAAGGAAGAACUGCUCUUCAUGUUAGUGCUUGGCAAGGACAUGGAGAAAUGGUUCAUUUGUUGUUGACGGAAGGAAAUGCUAGUGUCAAUGCCUGUGAUAACGAAAAUCGCACACCUCUUCAUUCAGCUGCUUGGCAAGGCCAUGCAGCAAUAGUCAGGCUUCUCUUAGAACAUGGAGCUACACCAGAUCAUACUUGUAAUCAGGGGGCAACUGCAUUAGGUAUCGCUGCGCAAGAGGGUCAUGAACACUGCGUUCGAGCUCUUCUAAAUCACGGUGCUGAUCCCAAUCACUCUGAUCACUGUGGUAGAAACGCAAUAAAAGUUGCGGCCAAAAGUGGUCAUGAUACUGUUGUUCGACUGCUAGAAGAACAUUCGGCAAGUCAACGAAGUUUACGUCCUGGAAUGAAUGGAGGUGGUAGCAGUAGCGCAACGUCUGUAACAUCGAAUUCAACUGCAGAAACGAAACCCUCCUCUGCCAUUUUAAAUCCCCUUUCGACUCAAUACAGCCCAGCAGAAUCUCCUGAUUCAACUAAACGACGAAGUUGUGUAUCGCUGGGAAAUGGAUCAAGCAAUAGUAAAUCGAGUAGUAAUCUGACUGGUAGCACAAAGAGUGAUCAAGGGAAAUUUAGUCAAAAUCCUAUGGUAAAUCAAGUAAUUAAAACUCCAUUAUCUUUCACACAACAACUUCAACAAUGUUCAAGAGGUGCAAAGAGCCGACCGCUGAGUAAAUUAUUAUCACCAUUAAAAAGCGAACCACAGAGUCCAAUUUAUGCUUCGCCACCUCACUCGCCUUUGAGUGACAGCCUUAUACCAUAUUCACCAACUAAUAUCAGUCCACCGAGCGCUCAAACUGCAGCAAGCGUUAUACAGAGCCAAUUGGGGGUUUCAUUGCUCACUGGCAAUCAAAGUAUACAGUAUAAACCUCAACGUGGAAAUUUCAUUACCCCAACUGCAAUAUAUGAACCUAUUGAUAUAAAAACUGAACUUAUUGAUAGGAACGAAGGUGUAAAACCCUUUGAGCUUACCAAUGAAAUGUUAGGUCUUAAAAUCAAUAAAGAUAAAAAAAAUGGCUAUGAUGAAAAACGGAAUUCUGCUGACCCUCACUUUACCCGAGAUACGCACAUGAGAAUUAUUUUAGGAAAUAGUGGAGCAGGCGUGGGACGAAAUGUUAAACAUACCACUGAUCAUAUUACGCCAAGUGCGAAUUCAAAACCAAAACGAAAUGGCUUAGUAUCAAAUCCAGCGAUGAGACUUGUAGCAGGUGUUCGGAAUGGCUUCGAAAAUGCCACUAACAGAAAUAAACCAAUUACUACUCGAGUUAAUGGAUUUCAGUGGAAAGCUGAAGCACGAAAAGAAACACCGUUGUAGAAAUUAAUUUUUAAAUAAUUUCUUAACAAGCAAUGAGAUCAAAAAAAUAAAAAAUGAAUAUGACAAAAAACGUACGACGUUUAAACUAACAAUGAAUCUUUUUAUGAAUGAUGAUAUAAUGAUUGAUAAAAACGUGGAAGUCAAUAACAAAUUUUACUAAUUUUUUAUUGAUAUUUUUUUUUCAUUUGUUAUCUGAAUAAAAUCAAUUACCUCAAUAAGUAAAUGACACUGUGAAUCGUGCAAAACAUUAUCAAGAUUACACACGAGAUAAUACCAAAUAUUAAAAUUUAUAGGGAAUAUUUGUAGUAAUAGUGAGGCAAUUUUGUUUAUGAAACUUUGUAUAAAUGGAACGUUAAUAAAGAAAUCGAUCUCAUUCAUGCCCAUAAAGAUUCUUAAAAAAACGAUAUCAUAUAGGUGGGUCAAUUAUUUAAAAUUUUAUUAUUAAGAUACCAGAAAAGAUGACCUGAAAAUUGAGAUUUUUUCAUAAGACUGGAUAACAGAAAAAUUUUGAUUUUGUCGAUUACAAAAUGCAAAAAAUAAAUGUAAAGUUAUGUAUAAAAAGUAAUAUAAAAAUAAAAAUUAUUAGUGGAUAAAGUUGUGGAAAAAGUGCUACGAAAGGUAAAAAUAAUGGCCUCAGAAACUUUAUGUAAAUACAUUAUUAUCAUUGUAGUUGGUAUAAUCAUAUUUAUUGAUAAAUUGUAGUACGUGAUGAAUAAAUGAUAAUAAAACAUAAA